AUGACGCAGGAAGCACAGGUCAUUAUCGGAGCUGGUGCUGAUACCACUGCUCAUGCUUUGUCGACCAUCACUUUCCAUCUUCUGAACAGUCCGGAAAAAUUAGUGAAACUGCAGCAAGAGUUGAAGGAGGCGUUUGUGGAUAGUAACACGGCUACGAAACUUACUGCUGUGGAGAAAUUACCAUAUCUGGUGAAUUCAUUUCUUUUUCUGGUCAAUGAUCGAGCUUGUAGUUUCGGCUGGGUUGUUGACCUAGAUUGGCUUCAGAUUGCGCAGCAGACUUUGGAGGAAAUGGCUGGCUAA